CAUCGAGCGAGCCAAGACACAUCAGCCUGUAACGUAUUUGUUAUGACAUAGUCUAUUCGAAUCUCUUCGAUUUGCCGAUGGCACAUAGUGAUAUUUUUAUUUGAUUCAGUCAUCAAACAACUCUCAAGUGUGUUGUUAGCAUUUUGUUGUCCCGUGCGCCGAAUGCCCCGUGCGCGCGUGUGCACCCGCAUUAAAAAUCAACGGUGUCAGUUAAACGUUUAUCAUUUCAUAACGUAAACUACUUUAAAUGUUAUUACUCAAAGUUCUUGGUGUCAAUUUUGAGAAAGAGACGAGGAAAAACAUGCUCGAAUUUCAAUUCAGCUAAUCAUCUGAAAGAAAAAGAAGAAAAACCGAAAAAUUAGUGAAGAAACAUUUGUAACCGGAGUGAAAAGACAGCUGUCGAAUCCGCGGCUGAACCAACGAAAACAUUCGGAAGCGAGAGAAAAAAUGUUCGGAAAACAGUGGAUAAUUUUAAAUAUUAAAGAAAAAAGAUGAUUGGUUGUGAAACUGUUUUUUGUGCUAUGCGAUUUCAAUACACGGUUUGAAUAAAUUUCGAAACCGAAGAAGAAAAAAACACGGGAAUGAAUGAGAUCAAAGAACAAAAAAGAUAUUUUUGUAACGGAUUUCGUAUGCAAGUCGUGUGACGGUCUGCGUAGCGAUAAGGAAUUAAUAGAAUCGUUUUGGUGUUUUUUUUAACAGAAAUUUUUGUGAAUUUGAUCUUGUUUGAAAAAAGAAAAGUGCAAACAGUGUUGAUUCCAGAAAUAUUUGUUCGCGCCAUUGUUACAAUCGAUAGAACCAUUUGAAUUUGCGCCAAAUACACGAACCAUUUAAUCUGAUUUGAAUUAAUAAUUCGAUGCAUUCAAGAUUCAUCAGUUUCGCUGAGCAUUAAAACGAAUCGGUUUCGGUUAAUUUGGAAAAGAAGAAGACGAACAAAAGUGGAAUUUUUUGGCCAAAAUGUUUUGGUUUCAUCAGUUGUUAAUAGUUUCGGCACUGCUGCUGUGUCCGAUUAUGUGCCACUUCAAAGGCAUCGAACGAAUUAAAUGCGAAAGUCGAAUCGGUUUGCCGUUUCGGCCACAUUCCGAUCAGCGUCAUCGUGUGGAUGCCAUUCGUGAGGAAAUGAAAAAUCGCGCAUCAAGGCAUGGUUCAUCGAUUGAUGCUUUUAUCGUUACCACAUGGGAUGAACAUUUAAAUGAAGAUGUCAGCGAUCAUGACAAGCGAACACAGUUCAUUUCGGGUUUUACAGGCAAAAUAGCACACGUUAUCAUUACAAUGAAUACGGUUGCCCUAUGGACGGAUGAGCGAUAUCUGGCUCAAGCCAACUCGGAAAUGAAUUGUGAUUGGAAGAUUUUCUCACUCAACUCAGAACCCAGUAUUACAUCCUACAUUUUGUCUGAGCUUGAUGAUGGAGCUCGAGUCGGAGCUGAUCCGCGAACAGUGCCGCAUAAAGUGUGGAUCGAGUGGGAGUCAGAAUUACAACUGAAAUAUAUUCGCUUGAUUCGAAUGAGUCGAAAUUUAAUUGAUUUAGUGUGGAUUAAUCGACCACCGCAAAACACAGAACUUCUCAAAGUGCACCCACUUAUCCAUGCCGGCGAGAAAUGGCAGUCAAAAAUCGAACGGCUACGUAAGCAUCUGUUAAAGGAUCAUUGCGAUGCGAUGAUCGUCACAUCACUCACCGAAAUUGCCUAUUUACUUAAUUUGCGUGGAAAUGAUUUUCCAUAUACGCCAGUAUUCAAGGCCUACCUUCUUGUUUCCUAUGACGAAACGUUCCUGUAUGUUAACAAAGACCGAGUUAAUUUGGGCAUAACAUACCAUUUAAACGCCGAUCCAUGCAACACUGAAUGUGUCAAAAUUAAAGAUUACGAACAGAUUUGGUCGGAUUUGAAUGUGUAUUCUUAUCAAUGGCGUAAAAUCCUUGUACCUGGUCACUGUGUAUUCGAUCUCGGUGUGUCUGAGGCUAUUUAUAGCAAUAUCAAAAGAACGACAAUUCAUGAAAAACCAUCACCGGUGAUAUUCAUGCGAGCCCAGAAAAAUCCCACCGAACAAAAAGGCAUGCAACGUGCACACAUUUUGGAUGGUGCAGCCAUGUGUGAUGCAUUUAGUUUGCUCGAGAGACGGUUUCUCAAUGAAGAAACAAUUACCGAGGUAUCAGCAUCAAAUGAUAUUGAUCGUUCACGGUAUUCAAUGAAGUCAAAUCUUGGUCUGUCAUUAAAAACGAACAUUGCAUUUGGUCCACACGCAGCACUUCCGCUCUUCGAAACGUUCAACGAAACCGAUAUCGUUGUGACCGACAAAGAACCGUGCAUUUUUGAUUCAGGCGGUCAAUAUGCUGAAGGAACCACAAUUGUGUCGAGAACAAUCCAUUUUGGAGAACCAACUUUUGAGCAAAAGCAAAUGUAUACGAACGUGCUGCGUGCCAUCAUUCGAUUAUCAACAUUGGUCUUUCCCGAGAGUCUAACGCCCGGUGAAAUUGAUGCACUCGCAAGAUCAUCCGUUUGGGAUUCGCUCACAGAUUACCCUCAAAUGACCGGCCACGGCGUUGGAUCUUAUCUGGGUGUUUACGAGUCGCCGAUCAAGAUUUCGUACACUGAGCCACACACGUAUGCAUUCGAAGAAGGAUAUUUCUUUUCGAAUGAGCCGGGACUGUAUAAGAAAGGAUUGUAUGGUAUUCGUCUGAAGAAUGUUUUGGAAGUAUACGACACAGGUGAACGACAUCCAUCUGGCGCACGAUUUUUGGGCUUUAGAGAUGUUUCGUUAGUACCAUUCGAUCCAAAAAUGAUCGAUCGUGGUUUACUUAAUAUAAGAGAGAAACGAUGGCUAAAUGACUACAACGCUCGGGUGCGAACGCUGGUCGGCGAAGAAUUGAAAUCGCAAUUCAAUAUGCAAGCUUUUUAUUGGAUGAUAAACAAAACGAUGCAUGUCAUCGAAUACUAUCCAGAAUCAGAGUAUCGACUGCGAGGCGAUUCCGAAUCCAUACGAAUAGUGCCAUGGACUUGUAUUAUGGCGCUGAUUUUGUUGCUGCUUACGUAGUUUUUAAAUCCUUUUCUUUUCUAUUGUACUAAUUCCUAUGACUCGAUAAAAGAGUCAGUCAAGAGCACAUCUUUCUUCUGUGUUGAAAUACAACGACACUUUUUUUUUUAGAAAAAAUUAAUUAACCAAAUGUCUAAAAUCAGCUGUGAAUUAAGGAGUAUCUGUUAUGAACCUGAGAGGAAAUAAAUUUUAAUACAAUUUACUUUUAAUGAUAGUUUGUAAGCGGAAUUGUUCAAUUUAUACACAAAAUGCCACACUAACAUUAUAAAUGUGUUCAACUAUGAAUAAAAUUAUGCACAAUUCUAGUCUCAA